ACAUCGCAAUUCUAUUCUAUAUCAAAUAUUUCCUUCUUGUAAAUGAAUUUGUUUUUUGUGUAAAAAACAAAUUUUAAUAGAGUGGAAAAAAGUGUCGUUUUAACACAGAGCAUCCGAUUAGUGUCAUAAAUAUUACAGAUUCCUACUGUAUCAUGUAUUAUUGCGAGUUAAAUACGUUUUAAAGGUUAUAAGGUUAUUUCAGUUCAAUAUAAAAAUCGGAAACAAAUUGCUUUCCUACUGAUAAAUAUUAAGACGGAUUAGAUAAGAAAAACAUUACGUGAAGUUAAGAGUUUUCUUUUGAUUCGGUUAAAAGUAUAAUUUUAAAUGCAAUGAAAAUAAACGAGAAAAAUAUGGUAGCUUUUGCAACUUCGGCAACACCAGUAGAUCGUGAAGGUUGGUUAAACAAACGUGGUGAAUUAAAUCGUGGUUAUCAAAGAAGAUGGUUCGUUCUCAAAGGAAAUAUAUUAUUUUAUUUCGACCGACGCGGUGACAAGGAACCUGUGGGCAUGAUAGUUCUUGAAGGUUGUACUAUUGAAUUAGCAGAAGACGAAGAACAAUUUGGUUUUCAGAUCGUAUUUCAUGGUCCAAAUAAUAGAAAUUAUGCUCUUGCAGCAGAAUCUCAGGAAUCUAUGGAGCAGUGGAUGAAAGCUUUAGCAUGUGCAAGCUAUGAUUACAUGAAAUUAAUGGUAGCAGAAUUACAAAGACAAUUGGACGCAGCAGAAGAAGAAACAACAAUGGUGAUGGCACCUGCUCAGUCUCCAAAAGCUCCUCCAAGACAACGACAUAAUCCUUUCAAUAGGUCGGAGUUGCAUCAUCGCUCGCAGAGCGUUAGAUCUGCUCCAGGAAGAACGGAAAAUGUUCCAAGAACGAGGAUAACGUUUCGCGAAUUGCAUAAUAUGUAUGGUAGAAGGAUUUUGGCAGACUUGAAUGAAUGGAGGCACACGAGAAAAACUUUAGAAGCUCCUUUAAUUAGUUUUUAACGAUGUAUUAUAUACAGAUUGUAAAUAUUUAAUCGGAAAUAAGGUGAUGUGCAGCCGACGAAAGAAAUAUAACAAGGUUGCAAAAUCGAUUAUCAUAUAUGUAUUAUUUACACAUUAUAAUUUUGCUACGAUUCAGUUCUUAUCGAGGAAGAUGGAAUUCUACAUACGCGCAACCUUGGAUAUUCUUGCGAUCGAUCGAUCAAUCGAUCAUCGAUAUUACUCGAUGUUUUAAUUUAAGACUUGGCUAUAUUUCUUCCAUCGAUAAUACGAGUAUUAAGUAUCAUUGGAAUGUACUGUACCAUUUAUUUUUAUAACAACGAAAUAUUUACAAUCGAAAUGUAACAAAAUACUUUCGAUCAUUAAUAGAACAUCACAAAUUUUUGCGAUCGCAAACAAUAGAAAGUAACCGUACAAUACAGUCGUGCAUCAUUCUCAAUUUAAGUUAAAUUACAUCUAAAAUUCAUUCACAUACCGACGCUUCAUUAUGAAAUUUCAAACAAGUCAAAACAAUUAAAAUGUAUAAUUGGAGCAAUAAUUUCGGACCAGUAAAAACAAUAUCAAUUAAAGAAAAGCAACUAUUUACGAAGAUUAACGUUUUAAUCCCGGCGCAUUCACGGUACUUUAACUACUUAAGAAUAAUUUUAUCGAAAUUGUACAAGGAAUUGUAAGUAAAACAGAAUGCCGUUACCAUUACUCGAAUUUGAGUGAUGAACGUGUAUGAAAAUGUUCAAUAUCAGUUAAUAGUUGAACAAAUAAUAAACCAUAUAGAGUUGUGUAAGUGGUUAAAAAACCGUACAAAUAUCGCUUGACUUUAAUAAAAAUACUUGGCAAUGCA